ACACAAUCCACUGAUCGAUAAUGUAGCGCGCUGCUGUCAUUUGAAUUUGACAAUAAAAUUAUGCCGCCAAAAAAUUGAAAAAAUUUUCAAUAACAUAAUUUGCAUCUUCAUAUCAUCUCUUUUCAUGCGAAUCUUUUAUUUACCUUCUAUUUUCAUUUUAAUAAUUCUCAAUUAAUUAUAAAAUUAUGUCCAAAGUAAAGACUGAAAAAGUGUCCAGUGCCCAGAGUGAAAACGCCAGCGAAGAAUCAGGUGAAGAUGAAACUGCCAGCGUUAGUACGAGCACAUCAAGGAGUAAAUCCCCGUCGGCACCUCGAACAAAACGUGGUAAAAAGAAAAAAUCCAACAAAGUAAUAAAGAAACCAUACAAAUAUGAUUGUAGUUUGAAGGAGGAUCAUGGACAGGCAAUUUUUGGGGUGAGAUUCAAUCACUGCCUGGCUAAAGAUCAACCCAUGGUCUUUGCCACAGUCGGAACAACUCGAGUGACGGUCUACGAGUGUCCCAGAGAAGGAGGCAUCAAGAUUGUCCAAUGCUACUCUGAUCCUGAUGUUGAUGAGAAUUUUUAUACCUGCGCUUGGUCCUACGACUCCCGAAAUGGAGACCCUUUGCUGGCUGCCGCUGGCUAUCGGGGCGUCAUUCGCAUUCUUAAUACCAAAACCCACGAGUGUGUCAAGCACUAUAUUGGCCAUGGUCAUGCCAUCAACGAACUCAAAUUCCACCCAAAGACCCCAUACUUACUGCUCUCCGGCAGCAAGGAUCACUCACUGCGUUUGUGGAACAUUCAGUCAGAUGUCUGUAUCGCAAUCUUCGGCGGCGUGGAGGGCCAUCGAGACGAGGUGCUCAGUAUUGACUUCGACCUGCGAGGCAAUAGUAUCAUGUCCAGUGGAAUGGACCAUUCCCUCAAGCUCUGGCGCAUUGACAAGCCCGAGUUCAAGGAAGCCAUCGAAAAGAGUCGAACUUUCAAUCCCAACAAGACGGUGCUUCCAUUCCCCACAGUCAAAGAACACUUCCCCGACUUCAGUACUCGAGACAUUCAUCGCAACUACGUUGAUUGUGUCCAGUGGUUCGGGGACUUUGUGCUCUCGAAAUCCUGCGAGAACUCGAUUGUCUGUUGGAAACCGGGACGCAUCGAUCAGCCGCAGUCGGAAUUGAAGGCUUCGGACUCCACUAGCACGAUCAUCCAUAAUUUCGAUUAUGGCGAGUGUGAGAUUUGGUUCGUGAAAUUCGAUUUCAAUGUCUGGCAUAAAGUGAUCGCUUUGGGCAAUCAACAUGGCAAGACUUUCGUGUGGGAAUUGGACGCGUCCGAUCCAUCGCAGACGAAAUGCUCGAUCUUAAAUAAUCUCAAAUGCAAUACUGCGGUGCGGCAGACUUCGUUUUCGAGGGAUGCCAGUGUUUUGGUUUGUGUGUGCGACGAUGGAACUGUUUGGCGGUGGAAUCGAAGGGUUUAAAUAAAUAAUUAAAAAAUGGAAUACCUAUUUGUAUCAGUUCUAUAAUAAUUUUAAUAAAUUGAUUAUUUUAUUUGUAGAUAGUUAAA